CUUAAUAACACCUUAUCGCUGUACGAUAGCGGGAAAAAGAGUGAACAUGUGACCGACCCUCAUUUGGCUAGUAUUUGAACCAUUGAAAUGUGGUAAUGUUAACUGGCCGAUGAUCGAAUGAAUGCCGAACCAUUUUAUGCAUAGCACAAUACACAGGCUUAUGAGGCUUUUUACACCAUGGCAGGCAAACCUUCCACCGAAUUGAUCAUUUGUGGAGUACUUUACAUCGCGUGCCUUAUGUACGCUUUCUACAAGAACUACGAGCUAAGCAAUGAGAACCUAACCAACUACGACAGCCUUGAAGAAGGCUGGUCAGUAUUCAACCCUCGACGGCGUGACGAUUUCGACUGGGAGUGGGAAAAUUUUCUCACCUUCAUCCACCGACAUGGAAUAUUUUUUCUGCUGCAUGUGGCCUUGAUGGAGAUUACCCGGAUGUGCCGAGUUAGACAAAUGUCUACCGUUUUCGCGAUGUUCGGGCUGGCCGUAGUUUAUUGCAUAUACAAUAUGCCAGUCCUGCUGGUUCUGCUGGUGCAAGCUUUCUCCUUUUACUACGGGAACCCACGGACGGCUUACAAGCGAACGGUGUGGCUGAAAACGUUCUUCUGGAUCGCCAUCAUUAACUACUUCAAAGUUUGGUAUUUCUAUGACAAACUUAACGUACACCUCAACAUCGAUAACGAUCAACUGCUCGAGCUUAAUUUGAUCGUUUCGUGGAAUGUCGUAAAGUGUGCCAGUUUUUGUUUCGAUAAAGAAACCGCACAGCGAUCCUCAUCGGACGAUCCACACUACGGGUUGAUUGAUCUGUUGGGCUACCUGCUCUACUUUCCGCUCGUACUAAUGGGACCAGCCAUCAUUUAUGGACGCUUUAAGACCGUUCAUCAAUGUGCUUACCUUCGCAGUCCACGAUCGCAGUGUCUCGAGCGUCUUUUGACGCUAGCAGCACGGUUGGCAAUGGCCACAUUUUGGGCCGGUGUAAUGCUGGCCGGCCAGCACUUCCUGUACGUGAACCUCAUUCAGCAGGAUCUGGCUCUGUUGGAAACCGUUAACCUGUGGGCACUGUACGGGCUCGGUUUUCUCAUGGGCCAGUUUUUCUACAUCAAGUACAUCGUUUUCUACGGUAUGGGCAUUGCGUUCGGACGCUUCGACGGGAUUGACAUGCCCGACAAGCCGAUAUGCAUUGCGCGGGUCAAUCAGUACUCGGACAUGUGGAAGUACUUUGACCGCAGUCUGUACGAGUUUCUCUUCAAGUACAUUUACACACAGCUUUGCACGAAAACUUCGCCGUUGCUGCAGAAAGUCGUGGCCAGCUUGGCGACCUUCGCCUUCAUCUACGUGUGGCACGGUGUGUUUCUGUUUAUUCUCAUUUGGUCGCUGAUCAACUGGGUCUGCAUUAUGCUCGAACGCUUGGUGAACCAUUGCACGCCUGCCAACGGUCGCUGGCGGGCCAUCAUCGGCACGCACGUGUUCAUUCCUUCGGUGUUGUCGAACUUUUUCUUCUUCGCCUCCGAACACGUGGGCUUCAUCUACCUCCGGCGAACGUAUACCGAAGGUAUUAAAAAUUACCUGGGCCUUUACGCGGCGUCCUACUGCUUCUACCAAACUGGCCAGCUGGUGAAGUGUAUCCAAACGAAACGAGCGAGAGCUAACUAA